ACUAAUAGUUCCAACCUCUUCCCUAUCACUAGCUAGGAUAAGAUUAUUUUGGCUAGAGUGUUUCUAUGUUUGAUGUUAAUUCUCUUCUUCAUUAUUUCUCCAACUAAGACUGCACUUUUGCCUCCUUUUCUUCCUCUCUCUAUCUCACAAUCUCUCUCUACUACAGUUUGUCUGCCAGGGAAAAUUGCAACUCAGUCAUCACCAAAACUCUCUCACUAAUAUACCCCAUCUCUUUAGAUUUUAUGCUUUCUAAAUCCUAGGCCUUUAACACUUUUCCCUUCUUCAAUUACAAACUCUUAACUCUUUUUUUUUUUUGUUAUACUCUUUACAUAUUAUAAAACACAUGUUUUUAGUUGGUUCACGAGUCUUUUCAACAAGUCUGAUAUGAAAUAUCAUAAUCCAAUUUCACAAAAUAACGUUUGCGUUUAUUUUAAUUUAUACCAAAAGAGAUCUGCCCACAUGUUGUAUUGUAGUAAGAUAUUCAGUCUUUCAGCAUCUUAUAUACUAUUUGUAGGAUAUUUUUAGCCUUCACUCUUCUUUGGUUCAGCCCAAUUUGUAUAUUCCUACAACUACACCAAAAGAAACAAAGAAAAAACUCUAAUUUGUUGCUUCUUUUGAGACUUUAUUUCUUAGUUUUCUUCCAUGAAUGAAGCUGAAAUGACUGUUCCUUACUUGUUCAGAUGUCCAAUUACUCUAGACUUGUUCAAAGAUCCAGUCACUCUUUCAACUGGCCAAACUUAUGAUAGAUCAAGCAUAGAAAAAUGGCUGGCUGCAGGUAAUCUGACUUGUCCAGUCACAAUGCAGAAGCUUCAUGAUCCAACCAUGGUUCCAAAUCACACGCUUCGCCAUUUGAUCGAUCAUUGGCUUCAAAUGGGACACCAAUUUGAUCAUGAAGACUUGGCAAUAGUUGACUCUGUGGCUGCAAUCAAACAUAGCUUGGAAUCUCAUGACACUGCCUUUGAAACAAAGCUUAACAUGCUCGAGACAAUUCGAGUUUUGUCCCAAGAAUCGUCGUCGAGAUCUUGUUUGAUCCACUUAGGCUUCUUGCCUUUUCUGCUGGAGCUAGUUUUUGGUAGAACUCAAAAGGAGGCCAUGAUAUCAUCAGAAGAGUAUGCCAAGUUUGUAGAACAAGCAUUGUUCUGUGUUUUAAAACUUCUUCCCUUUUGUGAAUUGGAGUCUCUCAAUAUUCUUCUACAAGAAUCCAAAUUAGAAUCAGUCUUAUUCUUGCUUAAGCAUGGUAGUUCAUUGGUGAAAAUGAACCUUUGUCAAUUGAUAGAGACCACAUCAGCUUCUUCAGAGACUAAUCAACUUUGCUCCAUGCUUGGUAAAAAGAGAGAGCUAUUGCAUGAGAUUGUUCAGUUAGUCCACCAGAAUUGUGAAGCUUCAGAUGCUGGAAUCAAAGCCUUGUGGACACUACUAUCUUCCUCCAAACUGAAUCAAGAAACUUGUAUCACAGAAGGCGUUGUUGAUGGACUAAUAUCGUACAUUUCUAGCAGCGAAAGGAGGCAAAGUAAUAAAAGUCUUGCAGUACCAUUUGCUAUGGACAUUCUUGAGAAGCUUUUAGCACUUGACAGUGCAAGAGAGGCACUGUUGAGGAACCCCAAUGGGAUCACCACUCUUGUGAAGAAAGUUUUCAGGGUAUCCAAUCAUGAGGAGAGUGAAAACGCAGUCGGAUCACUCAUGACAGUAUGUUAUGGUUCUUUUCAGGCAAGGGAAGAAGCCAUUGCAGAUGGAGUUUUGACUCAGUUAUUAUUACUACUUCAAAGCCAGUGUAGUGGAAGAACCAAAACUAAGGCAAGAAUGUUACUUAAGCUCCUUAGAUCUAAGUGGAUCCAAGAUCCAAGCCAUAUGUCUAAUUAAUUUCUCUCCAUAUAUAUAUAAAUCUAUACACAACCUACCUGGUAAUUCUCUUCUCUAAAAUUGUAUAAGUGAAAAUUAUGUAAUGUUUGGUUUCAGCUGUAAAAGUGAAAAUUUGGUUACUCACUCAAAAUCCCACAUAGAAUAAGGGUUUGGCCAUUCAAAUGGGCUCGUAAGUCGCUAUAGUAAGUUGAAAUGGAUGAAUGGGUGUCAGUUUUCACCAAAUAAAAAAUUUCAUCAAUUAAUAGCAUCGUAUGGCAUAUAUGUAAAAUUUGCUUUCCUCCAUUUGUAGUGAGAAUACAAUUCACUAUCGUUAUCUAAGUGUACUUGUAUAAAAUUACAUUCCCUCCC